AAGUUUCUGAGAGUCUGGGGGGGAGGGGGGAAAGGGGUCGUUGUUGUCUGGAGGGUGUGCAGGGCAGCUGACUAUGGCUGGAGCCGCGGGGCCCAGAGCGUCGGCUUCCCUCAGUGACUUUAAGUUUGGCGCUGUGGACACACAGACGAUCGAAGACGCCCUGCUCCACCUAGCCCAAGAGAAUGAGAGGGCGGUGCGGGAAGCCCGGGGGCAGGCGGGCAGCUUCAGGGAGACCCGGAUCGUGGAGUUCAUUUUUCUCCUGUCUGAACAAUGGUGCCUGGAAAAAUCCGUGAGCUACCAGGCAGUAGAAAUCCUAGAAAGGUUCAUGGUUAAGCAAGCAGAAAGCAUUUGCAGCCAAGCAGCACCUGUGGUGAGAGGGAGUGAGAAAGCAGAGCCCUGGAACUGGAGGGCCCAGAAAGAACAGCUCUGUAAUACAUUUGUACUUCGACUUGUGUCAUGUGUUCAGCUGGCAAGCAAACUUUCCUUUCACUACAAAAUAGUCAGCAAUGUUACAGUCCUUAAUUUCCUCCAGGCUCUGGGGUACCUUUAUACUAAAGAAGAACUACUGGAAUCAGAACUUGCCAUUCUGAAGUCUUUAAACUUCCAAAUCAAUCUACCUACUCCUUUGGCGUAUGUGGAGAUGCUCCUAGAAGUUUUAGGGUAUAAUGGCUGUUUGGUCUCAGCCAAACAGCUGCAUGGAACCUGCCUGACAUUACUUGACUUGGUCUAUCUCCUGCAUGAGCCUAUCUAUGAAAGUCUGCUGAGGGCAUCAAUUGAGAACUCUACUCCCAUGGAGCAAAGGGGAAAAUUUUUAACAGUAAAAGAAGACUUCAUGCUUUUGGCAGUUGGGAUCAUUGCAGCCAGUGCUUUCAUCCAAAACCAGGAGUGGUGGGGCCAGGUAUUGCACUCUUAAGUGGCAUCAUUAUCAAAAUUCAAUUAAUUAAGAGCAUUCCACAGUCAAUUAAAGGGAAAGGCAGAUUUAACUUCACCAGAAAUAAGUUCCAAAGCCUAGCACAAGACAGAUCAGUGUGCCAAGACAAAUUGGCAAUAAAAAGCUACAGCUGGGGUUAGGUUGCUGAUUAAAGCACUUUUAACUUUUUAAACAAAGCAAAGUUGAAAAUGAUUUGAAAAGGUAUGUACUCUGGUCAAAUAUCUUGAAGAGUAUUCCUCUAAAAAUAGGGGAAAUUUCAAGUUGGCAACAUGUUCCUCAGACUAAUAUCUUUAAAAGUCAAUUUAUAUACCAAGUUUUAGGUACUAAGUGUUAAAAGUUUUUAGCUCUGGUAAACAUAAUUUGGAUCCAACCUUCUGAAAAAUCAGAGGAACAGGAAGAUUUAAUUUACACUUGUAUAAUUUGUCAAGAUGAUGUAGAAAAACUAGCUGCUUGUCUGUCUCUUUCCCUGAGGUUGUGAAGUACUUACAUAGCAUCACUGGCAUUGCUACCGAAAGUAUUGCUGAGUUUUCAUACGCAAUCCUGACUCACUCUGUAGGAGCCAGCACCCCAGUUCGACAGCAACCUGGCCUGCACCACUUGGCAGUCAGACCACUGAGAGCUGCUGCCACCUGCAACAUGUGAGCCUGACUGUGAGUUUCUAGAAUAUUAUCAGACUCUCAGGUCAAGACCACUUCUACUCCCAAUUUAUUUAAUCUCAUAACCUAGUACAGAAAAAAAAAGCUCAGAAAUCUUAGGUCUUGCAAGUUUGACUUUAUGUUACCAUUUUCUGUUUGCUAAUCUUCAGAAAAAGGGUCAAUGUGGAUAUAUUUUAUUACCUGCAGCCUUGGUAAAAAUAAAUGGGGAAGGAGGGAGAAGAAUGGUAGGCUGAAAUGUUUGGCUUUAUAGUACAGGUAAUUUCCUCUUUAGAUAUGAUUUCAAAGAAUAUGAAAGAAAAAAAGACUCCAAACCAGGUGACCUUGAC